GAGCAGUCACCAAAUCGCCUCCGUCUGCUUCUUCUGCUCCUCGUUUGAUAUCGGAUCUCGCACGAUUUCUCUCAGUGGCGUUUGCCAUGUACACGUCGACUCACGUCAGGUUGUAGUCUCAAGGCCCUCGCGAGACCACAUAAAGCGUUCACAGUAGCUAUUGAGAUGCCGGCCAACAGCCAAUAUCGUGACUAUACAGCUCCUCUGGGAGGUAACACUAGAGGAACUCCGCUGUCCGCCACAGUCGCUGGCAAGUACAGGGCGCACAACUUUGGGGUCUCAAGUGUCGGUGUGCUUGUCAACAGCAUUGAGAGCGCGACCGGACCGAAGCUCGUACUGCAGUUCGCUAAUGAACAGACGAAGGCAUAUCAUACAGCUCAAUGCGAGAUGGUGUCUAACGGCACUCCUUUGGGCGCAGCUCCUGCGUGAAAGUAGACAACCGCUGUCGCAGAGGCACCGUGAGGCUACUGUGCAGUAUUCAUUACGUGAAGCCUGAGUCACUGCGUCCUGUAACCAAUUGAAUGCACGAAUGUACGAUUACCUGUGAUGUUAUGCACACACGAAUGUGUUUUUCCCGCUC